AUGUAUCAUCACCCCCAAAAGUUAAGAUAUUUCCCGCACAUUUACCCACGCGUUUACGAGAUGUCAUCAUCCAUGAACGCGGUAAAAACGCUUUGUUGUUCUUUCUCGAGCAGCGGUGAGACCAAAAGGUUGUCGACAAAGCCGCUUUUGCGCUCAAAAUCGUGCAAAGCCAAAGCUUUUUCUUCUUCCUCUUCUUCUUCCCAAAAUGGAAAAACCAAAGCAGCGGCGACGUCGACGGAUAAAGAUGAGACAUCUUUACCUUUCCGAGCGAUCCCAGGCGGAACCCCGGAGGACCCUUCGAACGCGCGAAAAGGAAGAAACGACGGUCGACCAACGUAUUGCCCACCAUCCUACGCGGCCAUGUGCAUGGACGCGUUCGGAUCGGUCCAAGACGCUUUGAACGAUGGGGAGAAACUUUUAGAGGUUGAGUUUCCAGCGGUGCCAGGGGAGGAUGCGGAUUACAAAGCGGCCUCGGACGUGUACAUCGACGCGAACGUGCAAUACGCGUUAGUGAUUGGCUCGAGCUUAUACGAGAAGUUGGGGAAGAGAGUGCAGAUUUGUUUACCGGAUGGGGUGGAGUUUCGAAGGGCGAAGAAGGUGUUUUCGAAUUCGUUGAUGAUGUCCGAAGGCGUUACGCUGAACACGUUGGACGGGAAGAAGCAAGACGCGUCGAUUACCGGGAUGUUUCAAAAGAUGAGCGCGGGGAGAGGGUUGAGGUCUGGGAGUGCGGACGACGAGAUGGACGAUGAUUUUGAGAACGCGGACGUGUUUAUCAUCGUGAACGUGAGUUGCGGGGAGUUGCCAGAUGUGGAACAAUUCGUGAAGACGACGUCGGGAGGAAGGCCGAUUAUUAUGUUGAACAAUCAGUUGGACACGUUGAGAGCGGAUUUGGGGUUGUUUUCGUUUCCUCCGAAGAGUUUGCACUACGAUUUCUUGAGUUAUUUUAAACCGGUAUUUUAUUUACGAUCGAGAGCGUAUUCGAGAUCGAUUACCGUGUCGCCGUUUGUGGUGAACUAUUCCGGCGCGGUGUUUCGAGAGUACCCGGCGCCGUGGCAGGUGAUGAUUAAACAAUCCAACGGGGUUUUAGCGUGCAUCGCGGAAGACGAGGACAGAUUUACUUUAGGCGAGGCGAAGGAGGAGAUGUUGAUUGCGCUUGGAUUGAGCGAUCCGGAGGGGAGUUUCAUGAAAACGGCCAGAAGCGGGUUGGUGGUGAACACGUGGUGGGAAGAGGAAGACGACGCGGAAAAGAGCGACGCGUGGAGAACGUAA